UAUUUCUGUGCAGAGGACCUUACGUCGCUCAUACGUUAUCCACUUGUUUCGAUAGACUCACUGUUUUUUAGAUUUUUUCGUAGAUUUCGUUCAAAUAAAUUAGGAAAUCAGUAAAUAAAUGUAACGGUGUAAAGCUAAUACCUACUCAAAAUGUGGUCAUUUAAAGUUCUCCGUAGUCAAGUGUGUUCGGUAGAACGCGUAUUAUUGUUGGACAAUCGUAGUAUAGCGUCAUCGGUCAAGGGCAUCAACUUCAACUCCAAGCAUCUCAAGAAAGGAGAUCCAGAUCCAGCUUACAAUGGCAUUCUACGGGUUUAUAACAUGCGGUUCUGCCCGUAUGCGCAACGGACCAUGCUUGCAUUGAACGCCAAAGAGAUUGACUAUGAGUUGGUUAACGUAAAUCUUAUUAACAAACCUGAUUGGAUUUUCAAUAAGAGUCCUUUUGGUAAAGUUCCCGUUCUGGAAAUAAAACAGGGCGAAACUAUUUACGAGAGUUUAGCGACUGUGGAAUAUUUAGACGAAGUAUACCCUCAAAGACCUCUAUUACCCAAAGACCCAGUGCAAAGAGCACGGGACAAAAUGGUAGUCGAACUGUCUGGAGCCAUACACACGUUGUUUUUCAAACUUGUUAAAACACCAGAUAAGGUAAAUGAACACAACGUUGCGGCAUACCGAAAAGUCCUGGACGUAAUUCAGGAGGAACUAGUAACGCGUGGGUCGAAGUUUUUGUAUGGAAACGAGCCAGGAUACGUAGACUACAUGAUUUGGCCGUGGUUCGAGAGACUGCAAAUUUUGGCCGAAACCAAUCCUACAGCCAACAUUGAUGCUGAAAAAUAUAAGUUACUGUUGGAGUACAUAGCAAACAUGAGGAUGGAUCCAGUCAUCAGCCAAUACCUAAUUCCUGAUGAUAUUUUAAUAAAAUUCCACAGUGGAUUUCAAUUAGCAAGUGGCCCUAACUAUGACUUACUUCUGAAUAAAGAUUAAAUUACCGA